ACGCCGGGACAGGCGAGCUCGAGGCUUUGAAAAUUAGCCUCUGCUGUGAGCGUCUAAAAUGUUCUUGGCACCCGGGGCCCGGGGCGCUGCAGCGAGCCGCGGGGCACUUGUCCAACAUUCGCUCCAGCUCCUCCACCGAGCGAGUCCGGGUCUCUAACACCCCGGCGCUGUCAUCGGCGAGCUCCCGCGGCCAGGCUCGCCUGAGCGCCAGUCCCACCAUGCUGCAAGGCCAGGGCUGGGUGCUGCUGGCAGCGCUUCUCCUCGCUGGGCUGGGUCACUCCACAUCCGAGGCCUUCAAGGUGAACAGGCGCCCCGUGCGGACUCGAACCUGCGCCGACCGGCCGGAGGAGCUGCUGGAACAGCUGUACGGGAGGCUCACCGCGGGCAUGCUCAGCGCCUUCCACCACACCUUGCAGCUGGAACCGCUGGAGAAAGACCAUAACGUGAGCUGUCCGGCAGGGGGCAGAGCAGCCAGUGAGAAAAAGUACCGCCUCCCUAUCAACCUGCACAGCGUCUCCCCCUGGUCUUACAGAAUUUCCUACGAUCCCACAAGGUAUCCCAAAUACAUUCCUGAAGCGUACUGUCUGUGCAAGGGCUGUCUCACUGGGAUUUACGGCGAGGAGAAUUUCCACUUCCGCAGCACCCCAGUGUAUAUGCCAACCGUCAUCUUGCGCCGCACUUCAGCUUGUGCUGGAGGUCGCUACGUGUACACAGAGGAUUAUGUCACUAUCCCUGUGGGGUGCACUUGUGUACCGGAGCAGGAAAAAGAGGCAGACAGUGUCAAUUCCAGCAUAGAUAAGCAAGAAAUGAAGUUGUUGGUAAACCAGAACGACAAGCCAGCAUCUGAAUGAGAAGCAUUCAAGGAACCCUGUGUACAACAUUGGCUUCAAGUUAAUAUUUCACUUAUUCAGGAGAUUAUAUAGCAAUUGGGGGGAAAUAAUUUUGUCUUUCUAACUACGACUGUUGCAGU